AUGUUGGCGGCAAUGACGGGGUCGCCGCCAGCGUCUGUGCCGACGUGGAUCGUGGAGGUGACGCGGCACCGCGACUUGAGUCAGGAGGCGCUGGAGCUGGCGUUGGAGCACAAGGCGGGGCGCGCCGUGACCUUCCUCCUCGUGCACGUCAUGUCUGAAGUGCCCACGUCGCGCAACAUGAUGCUACCGGCGAGCGAGGUGGAUCCGAAGACGGCGCUGCAGCACGCUAAGAAGCUCGUCGACAUCCUCAUGAAGCCGCUGCUCUCCACCGCCGCCGCCAGCCGGGUGGCGUGCGGCACGGCGGUGGAGCUCAACGACCGCCGCGAGAUGGGGCUGUGCCUCGCUGCGCGCCGAGCCAACGCGGAGCGCGUCUACAUAGGCGUCAAGAGGAAGCUGUUGGGGUGGUCGUCGUCAGGCGUGGUGGCGGCGUGUCAGACGUCGCUGCCGCGCACGUGCACGCUCGUCGUGUCGCAGGGCGGCCGCGGUCACAAGCACCAGCAGCUCGUCGGCGCGCAGCGCACCGACCUCUCCGCGCUGCCCUCCGUCUUCCUGCAGUUCCACUCCGCGCCCUCCUCUAACGACGCCCUCGCCGCCCGCCUCGCGCCCCCCGCGCUCCCCCCCGCCACCCCCUCCUCGCUUAAACCCCCUGCGUGCGCGUCCCCCCUGCACGUGCGCCGCCCUUCCGACCCCCCCCCGCUGGAAGCGUCCGCGUCCCCGCUGGGCAGCAGCGGCGCGCCGUCGUCCGAGUUCUCCCUCUCCUCCUCCUCCUCCGGCCCGCACUCCCGCUCGCUCCCCCUCGCCGCGCCCGCGCCCGCGCCCGCCCCGCCUGCAGCAGCGACUGGCGGAGAGGCGGCGGAGAGGGAUCCAUGGGGGCAAGUGAUGGACCGGGGGAAAGGGGCGGAGCAGAGGCGCGCGGGAGCGGGAGGGGAAAGGGGGAAGCAAUCGCGCUUGUCGUUUUCGACGCUGGAGGAGCUGCAGCAGAUGGCGGUGCGCGAGUCCGAGGCCAGCGGCGCGCAGCCCAUGUCCUCCGCGGCGCGCCAUCGCUCCCCCGGCGCUGCUGCGGCCGGAAUGCCCGCCAGGGACGGGGGUUGGGGGGAAGCGGCGCUGAUGGGGGCGGGCCGCGGGGCGGGCAUGGGGCUGAGCCUGAGCGCGUCGUGCUCGCCCUCCGCCACGCCCGGGGGGAUGGCGAAGGGGGGAGCGGGCGAGGAAGGGCGGUGGGGGGCGGGGCAUGCAGUGCGGAAACGCAGUGCGGAGCGAGUGGCGUUGCCAGAGGGGAUUCCGGAGGAGGGGGAGGGGGCCGGGGCGGUGGGGAGAGGGGAUUGGGAUGGGGGAGGGGAGGAGGAAGGGGAAUGGGACGGGGGAGGAGGGGGCGGAGGGGGGCGGUCGCUGCUGGCGGACGAGCUGGCGAUGCUGGAGGCGGAGGAUGAGGAUGAGGGGGGCGCGGGGGGCGCGGAGGGGGCGGGCGAGGGGAAGGAGGCGGCGUGGGUGGGCAAGGGCGUGAGCAGCAACCGCGAGGUGGACGGCAGUGCUGCUGGCGACAGCAGCGCAGGGCCGGGCGACGGCAGAGAGGCGGUGGCAGCGCUGUCACCAGCGCCGUGCAGUCCGCUGGCGGGCGGCAGCAGCUUCAGGGGCAGCGCGCUCAGCCCCGCGGGCAGCAGUGCGGGCGGCAGCCGGCAUGGCAGCCGCCAGGGCAGCAUGCAAGGCAGCAUAGAGGGCGCGGCGGGGGGUGGCAUGGGGGUGAUGAGUGGCGGUGGCAGCGUAGGAGCGGGUGACAGCAGUGGCACGGGGGGGCUGCUCUCCAGGCCCGCGCCCACCUUGUCGUCGUCCUCCUCGUCACGCGGCUCUCGCUUCCACCACCUGUCGGCGCCCUCCAACACGUCCCUGGCGGCCUACUCGCAGGGCCCCAUGGCCUCGCAGCCCGCUGCCUCCUCCUUCGGCCGCUCCGCCUUCUCCUCAGGCCAGCUCACCCCCGGCAGCACGGUGACGGUGGGCGACGGGUUUGACUGCCGGCAGUUCACGGCGGCGCAGCUGGCGCGCGCCACGAGCAACUACGCGGCGGAGAACCUGCUGGGCAAGGGGUCGUUCGGAGCGGUGUUCCGCGGGGAGAUGCUGGGCUGCCAGGUGGCGGUGAAGCGCCUGGAGGGGCAGGGCUGGCAGGGGCCGGACGAGUUCCGCGUGGAGGUGGAGGUGCUGUCGCGCAUGCGCCACCCCCACAUCGUGCUGCUCAUGGGCUGCUGCGUCGAAGACAUGGCGCUCGUCUACGAGUUCCUCCCGGGCGGCACACUACAGGACAAGCUAGGCCCGCCCAAGACGGCAGACGCGGUGCGGCUGAGCUGGUCGGACCGGCUGCGCAUCUGCGGGGAGAUGGCGACGGCGCUGAUGUACCUGCACCGCAACGACCCCCCCAUCGUGCACCGCGACCUCAAGCCCGACAACAUCCUGCUGGACGGCAACCUGGCGAGCAAGAUCGGCGACGUGGGGCUGGCACGGCUGCUGGAGGCGGACGGGUCCACCACCAUGAAGGUGCGCGGCACGCUGGGGUACAUCGACCCCGAGGAGGUGGAGACGUGUGAGAUCAGCGUGCUCUCCGACGUGUACGCGCUGGGGCUCAUCAUGCUGCAGCUGCUCACGGGGCAGCGUGCGGUGAAGGCGGUGCACCGCAUGCUGGCGGAGUGCGCCAAGCACGCCAAGACACCCCACGGCAGCCAGCCGGGCCCGGGGGGGGCAGCAGUGGGGGCGGUGGGCGUGGUGAGCAAGUACCUGGAGAGCACAGGGGGCGAGUGGCGCUUGGACCUGGCGGAGGAGGCUGCGGGGCUGGCUCUGCGCUGUGCUGACCGGCGGCGAGAGAAGCGGCCGAGCCUCAAGAAGGAGGUGCAGCCGGCACUGGUGCGGAUCGCUGCUGCGGCGGAGGAGGAGGUGAAGGCGAGGAAGAAGCACAGCGACUCGCAGUUCAUCUGCCCCCUCUCCAAGGAGGUGAUGAGGGAGCCGGUGGUGGCGGGGGACGGACCUAACUGCACAUUCGCGCAUGGAGAAGAGGAACUUCGUAAAGCUCCUCCCGGAGCAACUGGCGUUUCAGGGAAGUACUCGGGGUACAGAGGAGGGGAUCUUCGCGAUCGCAUGCGUUACCGUUCUCCGCCUGAAGAUGGCAGACGCCGUGGACGGAGGCCUUCUCCUGCUAGGAAGCGUGGCCGCAGCAUUUCUCCGUCACCUUCAAGAGACGACUAUUCUGAUCGUUCAUAUGACUCACGCUCAAGGUCGCCUUCUGAGACCAGUGAAAGGCAUCAUGGUGAGAGGAAACGAGAACGUGGGGUGGACUAUCGAGCUGCUGGACCUAGUUCUGGAAGCAGGGCCGUAUCUGCUGAAAGGAUGGAACUCGAGCGUGAGAGAAAGAUGCUUCUCAAGGACGUGACCAUACAGAGGGAGCACUGUGACACUCUCCAGACCCUCCUUGGCCGCAAGACAGAACUGGCAAAAGAUCUGUUCGAGCAUGCGAAACUGCUGGAGAGGGAUGUUCAAGAGAAGGAAGGCCUUAUUGCCAAGAUCUCUGUCAACUUGAAGACGCUUGUUGAAGCUCAGCAGUGUGUCCAGGCAGCAGAGGAUGAUGUGAAAAGGUCCAAGAUUCAACUCAACAUGUUUUUGGAAGAGUUGUCUCCAGAUGACUUGACACCUGCGGUUUCCGCUUUAGCGAAUCUCGCGGAGCUUCCGACGGCUUUGGAUGCUGCACCUGUUGCACUUACAGCUGGCACUGCUUUUCCCCCUCUCAAUCAUGACGCGUCUGGGGACAUGAGCUUCGUGCCAACUCCUCAUGUUGGAAAUCCUGAUCAGGAAGGAUUGCCUGGUCCAAUCAUGGAGGUGGCUGGUAACCAUUCAGUGCCUUAUGCAAGGCCUUCUGCUGUUGAAAAUCAAUCCUCUGGCAGGGCAAGCUCUUCAAGACGGCUUUCUCAAGAUGAGUAUACAAGGUCACGUCCUGAAGACUCCAUUCAUGAGUCGCAGCCUCCAAUGAGGAGAAGACAGUCUCGUGAAAGCCGACAUGCUGAGAACAGAUCUGACUUUCGUGGUUCGGAUCAGAGAAGUGGGCGCGGCAGAUCAUCAGGCGUGAGAGACAGGGACUACAAAGACGAGGAGAUGAAUGGUCCAGGUGAUCGGGGUGUUUAUCAGGAGGAUGAAGAUUUCAAGCCACCCAGACCCAGGGCUGCUCCUGAUGAUGAUGAGGCUGGCGAGCAGCCUGUUGCUGACGCAGCAGAGGCUAAAGCAUCUGGCAAGGGCAUUGUCAUGAAGUUUCGUGAAAGUGACAAGCGCGGGAAGCGUCAAACCGGGCAGGAAAAGGACGGAGAGAAACAGGCUAAGCUGGCUGAGGACUCUGGAAAGGGCAAGCAGAGCAGGAAUGCAGAUAGCGACAAGCUCCUGAAGACAUCUGAGCGCCAGAAGGUCCAGGAUGCCCCCUCCCAGCUGAAGUGGCUGAGGGAGGAGAAGGAGUCGCUUGCCCGCAAACCGGAGCUCACUGUUCCUGCUCAGUCAAGCAUUGUAAAGAUACCAUUACUAGACAAGACGAAGCAGGGGAAGGUCAAGGCAGAGGAGAAAGUGGAACAGCAGGAUCAGCAGCUGCAGAUUGAGCAGUCCGAGGAGGAGGAUGUGUCUCUAGCGUCAAAGAAACAGGAAAGUGACAAGGGUGCUGCACAGGGUGCUGCUAAACAGGAAAGUGACAAGGCAAAGCAGGAACAGAUACAGCAACGGCAGCAGGAGCUUAUGGAGCACAUUCAGAAGCAGAUUCAUCAGCGUCAGCAGGAGGAGCAGCUGCAGCACCAGUUGUUCCAGCAGCAGAUGGCAGCAGAGGAGGCUGAGAGAAGAGCUAUGUAUGCGGCCCAUUACCAGCAGCAGCAGCAGCUUGAGCAGCAAUACUACCAGCAGCAGCCAGACCCGUACCUCAUGCAUGCCGAAGGGUAUGCGCCUCCAGAGCAUUACCAGAUGCCCCCUGCAGAGUACCCCAUGGAGGAGGAUGAGGCCCCUCCAGGUGUCACGCCUCAAGCAGAUGAGGCCACCGUCCACCCAGUGGCUCAUGAUGUCUUCGCAGUCGCUGCUCCUGUCGAGUAA